GUAGUCUUUCCCUGAGCAUUUCAACACUUACCUCGAAAUUGACAUCAUUGCACUAAAAGGUCACAUAACAUCACCCAUACCCUUAUCCACAGAUGUCCUCGCUCCCUGUCAUUGACAUUUCCCCCUUAUACGAUGAUAACAAAGGGGCCCUGAUGGACGUCGCGCACGCUAUCGACAAUGCUUGCCGUACAUGGGGUUUCUUUUACAUCAUCGGACACAGAAUUCCUGAGUCCCGCUUCAAGGAGCUCCGCAUGAUGGCCGAAAAAUUCUUCUCACUGCCUCUUGAGGAAAAGCUCAAAAUUGACAUUACCAAAUCAUUGGUACAUCGUGGGUAUGGUAUUACGUCAGCUGAACAGCUCGAUCCCAGUGUAUCAACGGACUACAAGGAAACCUUUGACAUGGGGUGUGACUUGCCGCCAGAUCAUCCAUCUGUUAGGGCAGGAGAGCCGUUGCGUGGUUCUAACCAACACCCCGACAUUCCAGGCUGGAGAGAUCUCAUGGAAACACACUAUAAAGACAUGAUGAACUUGGCCCUCCAACUGCUGCGCGCGGUAGCGCUCGCCCUAGGUGCCGACGAGGGUUUCUUUGUCGAAAAGUUCAACGAGCCACUGAGCGUAUUUCGCAUGAUCCACUACCCCGCGCUACCCGAGGAGAAAGGCCGUGUUACUUGUGGCGCCCAUAGCGAUUAUGGUAUCGUGACGCUUCUGUAUCAGGACACGGUGGGCGGCCUGCAGGUACUCAACACACACGGUGAGUGGAUAGAUGCGCCACCGAUUCCCAAUAGCUUUGUGGUGAACAUCGGGGACAUGAUGAGUAUGUGGAGCAACGGUGCCUACAAGAGCACCAAGCAUCGCGUGGUGAGCUCAGGUGUGGAACGCUAUUCCAUGCCCUUCUUCACGGAGCCCAACCCCAGUACGCUCAUCAGCUGCCUGCCGAAUUGCUCUAGCGAUGAAAAUCCACCGAAAUAUCCGCCGGUUCGCGCAGUGGACUGGCUGUUGAAGAGGUUCAGCGAGACGUACAAGCACCGCGCUAAGGCGUGAGCCCAUAGUAGAUGCUCUGCAUGUGCGUUUUCAUCAAAAAACUUUAGGAGAGGCCAACUCCUGAACGAGAAAUUAAAGUACCACUAUAAAUCUUACAUAAUAUUUAAUUCGUCCCAAAUAUUUUACUAGUUAUUCAAUUCCUUCCUGCAGAUACCUACUCUAAUAUUGAACGCUUCGCAAAAAUUGUACGCAUCACGAUCGUGUGUUAGUUUAUAUUCUACUUUAUUCUAGGAACUUUAAAAAACGCUAACUGGGAUAUAUUCAGCAUUAAGCAAAUCAAAAUGUCUUUGAAACCCCAUUUUUAUCAUCUGAAUUUUCCCAAUUUUAGAGAGUUGCGCUCCGUUGAUAAGUGAACAACUCGUUAAUUGCAUAUUUUAUAUGGUAUAUAACUAUUAUUUCACGCCCGUUGAUAUAAUCAUCCUAACCACUUCCCUUUUAAAGAUAAAGUUGAUCAUCUCUGGUAAAUGUUGUACGUGUGGAUAUAAUUUGGUAAAAACUUGAAUUGCAA